CUCAAAAUCUCUUGAGAAAAGUUGUUUGUUUGUUUACUUUGUGUCUUGUGUAUGUUGUGUCUCCAAAAUUUGUAAACAGUGAGAAAACUAGAAAGAAGAAUAAAUAUUUCAUACUCUUCAUCUAACCUGAUACCUGCUGUUAUACCCAAAAAAGUCUAAAUAAUGACCUUCAGCUAUCGUGACGCGGCAUCGGGAACUUAUUAUCAGGCAAAUGAAGUUGUUGUUGUAAACAUGAAGUCUGAUUCGUCUGAUUCACCACCCUCAUCGGAUGUCCUGGAGCUCAUAUUUGACGCAAGAAGAGAAAGUUUAGAUAAGCCAGUCAGUCAUUUUCGUCCAUCGAUUGUGUCUUAUGCUUUAUUUGCAUUAUCAGUAGCCGGCCUGUGUACGAUGACUUUUAUCAUCACAACUUCCGUCCUCUUCGUCCAGGAGCCGCCGCCGCCGCGCCCCACGCUGGACUACCUGGCCGAGAGGGAACUCGCCUUCGCCAACUAUAUGAAUGACAGGCACAAUGACAUGACGUUGAACAAAGUGAUAUCUUGCUACUACAACACUCCCUCAGAGAAUGGUACAAAUGAUCUUAUGCCACUUGAUAUCAAUCCCAAACUCUGUACUCAUAUAAAUAUAGCAUUUGCUCAGGUUGUUAAUAAAGAGAUUGUAUUGAACGAAAACCAAGAACGGACUAUAAAGGAAAUCAUAAAACUGAGGCUGAAGAAUAAAGAUCUCAAAAUAUUGCUCUCAGUAGGAGGUGCCGGCGGCCACAACGGCUUCUCCGAGAUGGUGGUGGACCAUGCAUCCAGGAAGACAUUCAUAAGAUCUAUCAAAGCAAUUCUGAGAAAUUACACCCUGGAUGGAAUAGAUCUGGACUGGGAGUUCCCAGCAAUACACGCCGCCCGUCCAAAUACCACCAGCAAUGUAACUGUUAAUGCUGCUUGGGCCUCCAUGGUCAUGCAGAACCUGGGCACUCCCCAGGUCUAUGAGCAUGGCCGUGAGCGACAACACUUCUCCCAGCUACUCCGGGAAAUCCGCAAUGAGUUCUUCCGGGAGAGAAAAGACUACCUACUCACUGUUGCUGUCGGAGCUCCCAAAAUCAUUGUUGAUACUGCCUAUGAUGUGGAACAGUUGAAUAUGUAUGUCGAUUAUAUCAACCUCAUGACAUAUGACUUCCACUCAUACACCAAACUUACACCAUUCACUGGAUUAAACUCACCACUGUAUCCAAGAGCUACGGAGCAAUUAUACCUGUCUACCUUGAAUAUAAACUUCACUGUUAACAUGUAUGUCAGCAAAGGCAUGUACCCAUGCAAGAUUGUGGUGGGGAUACCCACUUACGGACACAGCUUUCAUCUAGUGAACCCAACCAACAUAGACAUUGGCAGUCCAGCUUCAGGCUUUGGAACUCUUGGAAGCUUAGGAUUUGUGGAUUACUCGGAGAUAUGCAAGUUCAUCAAUGACCACACAGGAGACGUCAUUGUGAAGAAGGACAACGAGACCAAAGUUCCUUAUCUGUAUCACUCUCAUGAUUGGGUCUCCUACGACGAUCCCAUCAGUGUCAUGGAGAAAGCAAAGUACAUCCUGGACAACCGUCUGCUGGGCGCCAUGAUCUAUUCACUGAAUGCCGACGACUACCGCGGAGACUGCCAGGUGCUGGGUGUUGAUAAGAAGUUUCCACUUUUGCAGUCCAUCAGAGACACUUUUAACAAGUAGAUCACUGUUUUCUGACAUUCCAUUGGCAUUUGUUUACCUGUUUUUUUCUUGCGACAUAUGUUAUUUUGUACAUGGUGCAGGAUUUCAUGGCUUAGGGCGGGCGCGCGGGGUGGAUGCGCGGGGCGGGUGCGCGCGGACUGCGCGUGCGGUCCAGGUCGGGGCGCCCACGCGGGCUCGCUGGCCCUCGCCGCGCUACUGCCCGCGCCGCGCCGCCGCCGCCGCCGCCGCCGGCGCGUGCGCAACCACACAGAACACACGCGCGCCUUCAUUAUUCCUUACUUAUUAACUUUUACAGUUUGAAAAAAAAGUAGAAGCAUGCCACUUAACUGUUUCAUUUACUGCAAGCGUUUCCAGUCGGCCGCGGCGGCGCGGUCCGGUGUUUUUGCGUCGAUCGCCGCCGUUACCUAAUCCUGCCUGAGUGUGGGUGGUGUGUUGGUGGCGCAUGCAAUAUUAUGUAAAUUGCUAUUGAUCACUUACUAAAUCAAUUCAAUUCUGCAAGGUUAAAUGACUACAUCUUACACUUAUGUCUACAUUCAACAAACCUGUUUGUUAACUAAUGCUUUUAAGUUUUUGCCUUUAUAUUAUAAAUUCAGUUUAAUAUUAUGUUUAUAACAUCGAUAUAGUCAAUUAAUUUAAAGCUAUUUUUAAUUUGAGGGACCUGUAAAUAUUAUACCUAAGUUAUUUUAAUUGUAUGAAAGAGAAACUUGGCUGUGCGAACCUACCUAAUUAAUUACGCAGUAGGUAGCCAUGUAUGAUGUACCUACCUAGCAUGAUAUUGUUAAGAAAUUAACUUCAGCGUGAAGUAAGUUUAUUUUUGUUUUAUUGAGGAUUAUUUUAAGUGAAUAUGUUUUUAUUAUUUAGGAUUAUUUUAAUUGAGUAAGUAUAUUGUAUACUAUAUGUAUGAUGUAUACUUUGUAUAUAAGUACCUAGGUACCUACCUACUGUGAUGGACGCGAUUGUGAAUUUUAUUACCUACUUAUGUGAUUUAAAAUUAUUAAUGUUGGCUAGUAUCUACGUUAAACACAGUGUCAUUUUAUUACCCAUACUUAUACCUUCGUAGUUAGUAAGUAAUUUCAAGAUUUUAUCGUAGUAAUGUUUAACAGUAGUUUAGUAGGCUGAUAUAGUCUAUAGGUAAAUGUAUUUUACUAUGACAAAUUUACAACUAUUUAUCUUUGAACUAACUUUAAUACCUACAUUAAAUAUGAAUGUUGCAUCA